AUGGAGAUGGAGGCAGACUGUGAGAAUGACCUUCCAUUCUUACAUCAGAAAUUGUACACGAUAGCCAAGGCCCAGGAGAUACAAUAUCUAGCAGUUUUCGAUUACUGGGUCAACGAGAAGAAAUCCGAGAUCGAUGCACAAGAUUCAUCCGGCAAAACAGCGCUCCACAUAGCUACAGAGUUUCAUCUUACUCUGGAGGCAAAAUGUCUCGUCAGGGGGGGAGCUGAUGUUACUAUACGCGACUUCGAUGGGCGGCAACCUAUUUAUCUAGCGUGCAUCGGAAGACAAACCGAAAUGGUCCAUUUUCUUCUUACAAAAGUCAAAGAUGUCAACGCUUUAUACAACAAAAAUGAAACUUUGCUCGCCUCUGCAUGUCAAAUGGGCCAGCUGGAUAUCGUUAAUCUCCUACUCGAAAACGGGGUUGACGCGAAUAUCUCUGAUGAUGAUGGACAGACACCCCUGCACUGGGCCUGUUCAGAUGACGAAGAAGAGAUAGUAGAGCGUCUUCUCCAAGAGGAUACAUUGAAUAUCAACGCCGUCGAUAAGAAGGAAAACUUGACCCCGCUCAAUUCAGCCGUGAUAAACGCCCAUGCCAACAAUGUUUCUCUCCUUCUGCAGAAGAAUGCUGAUCUUUACAUCAAAGAUUACAUGGAUCGGACUCCUCUGAUGACAGCCACGAGAGCAAAGAAUUUGGAAAUUGUUAGGAUGAUACUUGGACAUAAAGUCGGAUGGAGAGACGGUUAUUUGGAAAUCGCCGAUGAUCGUUCUCUCACUCCUCUUCAUGUAGCAAGCAGGCAGGGAUCUUGUGAGAUUGCAUCUGAGAUGAUCCGCACUGGCGCAAAUUGCGAUGCUAGAUCGCGAGCCGGUAAUGAUGCUGACUAUGAAGACUUUCCUGGAUACACACUAUUACACCAUGCCUGCUCCGAGGAUCAGCACGAAAUCGGUAGUCUUUUGUUACCAGAGAUCCCAUUACCAGGGUUUGAGGUUGAUGCUAAAGCACAAGAUCGGUGA